UCAAGCCAAAAAGUCAUUACGUGUGUAUACUUCAUUUUGAAAAGUCGGUGAUUAUUCAUAUACCACAGUUACGACCUGACGCUUUGCCUACACAACUGCUGCCACCUCUUCCAACUACUUCAAGUGCUAGUACUGAACCAAAAUGUAAGGAUAUAUCGACACAAACACAGUAAUCUGUGGCCGAGUAGCGAGUGCCGGCCGCGGCCGAACUCGAAGCAAGAAUGUCGGGGCUGCCAGCUCAAACAUACAUUUCCCCGAUAGUUCACAAAAAUAAUUUUAGUGGAAUAUUUUGGAUUUAAAUAUGAUUGAUAUUAUCUUGCCUCUACAUUAAUUGGUGAUAGGGGCUGGUCGAAAUGCUACAUGGCUUAAAAUUUUAAGAAUUAAGUUGCUUCAUAUAUUUGUUGAUAUUCAAAUAUGGUUUGUUUGAUAGAAAUCAUCUACGAUUCAACCUUUAAAAUAAAUACAUAUCAAAAGCGAAUUGCCUAUUCGUUAGUAUGACUCAAAAUAAGGAAUGUGUGUUGUAAGCUUAGCAGUGAUUUAACCAAAAAUGUCUCAAAUCUACGCUGGUGAUCAGAUCUAUUCUAUGCCUGAGUAUCAUUCAGUGUUAUGAACUUCCGCUUAGGUCCAAAUGGCUCCUUUCUAAUUUUAUUGUACAACAAUAACUGGCAUAUUUCCACAACUCUACUUCUUUUGUACAAAACGGGCAACUUUUGUACGCUAGCAAUAAUACCGGUCCAGGUUCGAAAUUCAAAGUGCUUGCCAGCGGGCGCGAGCUGGCAACGUCGCGUCGACCGACACAACGUGGUAUAAAUAGGUGGGUGGUUCAUAACUGCCAAGAUAAUCUUCGGCCUGACAAGACGCUUUUCAUUUUUUACAUUUACGUACUGCUGGACUGUCUCAAAAAUGCCAGGAGCGUAUUGUGCAGUAUUUGGCUGUUUCAAUGCGGCUGCAUCAAAUCCGGAGCUUUCGUUUUUUGGACUUCCUACAGAUAACAAAAGACGUGCCACAUGGCUGCAGUUAAUUUGCAGAGAAGAGUUGCAAGAUAGAAACCCGAACAGCUACACAGUUUGUGAAACGCACUUCGACCCUCGCGCCGUUAUACACGGGAAGUUACUGAAGAGGCUGAGAGCAUUCUCUAUACCAACACGUAAUUUGCCAAAUAAGGAUGUCCUUCAAAAAGAAACUCAAACCGAAGUACGUACGACCGAAAACAAAUUCGCACAAACAGAUUUUUAUGUACUGAAACUGGAAUCAGCGGCACAGACUCCUAACUACCUUCAGAACUCACUCCCAUGUGUAAAAAAACUGAAAGAAGAGCUUUCAGCGUGUAAGAAGCAGACGAAAUCGGCAAAUGCAAGUAACCUGUCAAAAGACACGUUCCAUAAGCUUUGCGACAAGUUUUUGACUAAACCCUUAGCGGAGAUCGUGAAGGCACAAACUAAAUUGAAAUUCCAUGGCAAAGGCAAUAGAUAUUCGCCGAAAUAUAAACAGUUUUGUAUCAAUUUGUACUACACAAGUCCACAGGCCUACAAAUUAUUGGAGCAAGCUCUGUGCCUGCCGAAUGUAGCAACGUUAGGGAAACAUUCUUUGCCAGUCAGCACGGAACUUAAUGAGCAUCUAAUGGCAACCCUACAGGCUAAAGUUAAUAAUAUGUCAAAUUCAGAGAGAAUUUGCUCAGUCGUUGUGGACGCCGUGAGCCUGAAAUCAAGUCUCUUCUACAAUAUACGUUUGGACAAAAUCAUCGGACUGCAAGAGGUCAACGGAGUUCAGUCACCGGUACUAGCAGGACAGGCUGUUGUGGUCAUAAUACGAGGCAUUUUCGGAAACUGGCAACAACCCAUUGGUUUUGCACUCCUUGGGGAUUGUAAUAACAGCGAGGACAUUUCAAGGUGGAUUGAAAAGUUAUUGGAAAGACUUCUCGAGGUUGGCUUAGAUAUUAGGACAUUUAUUUCUGACCUUGAAUCCGAUCUCUUGUCCGAAGAAAAAAAGAAAUUCAUUUCUAUUGAGAAACCAUAUUUCUUUAUAAAUAACAGAAAAAUAUUCUAUAUAAUUGACUCCCUGCACUUGAUUAAAUCAUUGAGAAACAAUCUGAUGGUAAAUGACUUCUAUUUCCAAGGGUCGGUUGCUAAAUAUGAACAUAUUUUGCAGUUUUAUGAAAGUGAGAAAAACAAAUCCUUUAGACUAGCUCCAAAGUUAUCGGAGAAUCAUAUUAAACCCUCAAAUUUUGAGAAAAAGCAGGUUCAUUUCGCAACCGAGUUAUUAAGUCAUACAGUAGCAACCGCUAUCUCAUGCUACAUCGAUUUUCAAGCAAUAAGCGGAGCCGCACAAGAUACUGUCAAGUUAAUUAAAAUUAUAAAUGACUUGUUCGACAUCUUGAAUUCGUCAACCGUGCACUCGACGUGCGAAUACAAGCAAGCGUUCUGUGGCAGCCCGACACAAAGAACAUUUAUGAAUGAAAUGCUGGAGUUCUUUAAAUCGUUGAAACUAAUUAAUUCGACAACAGGACGCGAUGUGACUUCAACUGCUAAGUUCAUUAGGGGAUAUCAAAUAACGAUCACGUCAAUUCUACUUUUGUUUGACGAGCUCACGGCAGAAGGCUAUAACAACCUAUUGACCAGGCGCCUCAAUCAAGACGUUACAGAUAUUUUCUUCGGCCAAGUCCGACGCAAGCGCAAAAGGCCCAGCACCAGACAAUUUAUGACAGCAUUUAGAAAAAUAUUCUUUUCUAACAUAAUAAAAGCUGGCAAACAAGGGAAGAGCUCAGGUGAUUUGUCACAAUUACUUGUGAACACAGAAAAACUAGGAGUUAUGUUGAGUGCUGAGACCGAAGAAAAUGCGUUUGGAAUGGAAGAAGACUGUAAUGAAACGAACACAGAAGCCAGCACUCAUCCCAUUUCCACUUCAGAUUACAAUAAUAUAGAAUUGCCUGAAAUUAACAAGUUGAAAUAUAUUAGUAGUUACUUGUUUAAGAAAUGUGUGAUCAUACAUGGUGGUUGCGAACAGUUGAAGCAGAAUUUAAAGCUGGAUAAUACAAACGAAACAAUUCAAAUGGAUGUAGAUGGUCUAACAAACAGAGAUGAUAUUGACGUACAAGUCGCUCCACCAGAUAGCUUCGAUAACUUCGUACAAGAGAUGGAAAGGUGCUAUCAGAACUUUUUCAAUAAUUGCUACAUCAAUUCUAAGAUAGCCAAAUCCAUUUUCGAAACUAUGAAUCAACUAAUUUACUGCGCUCCUUGUUCAUGUUUUCCAAUAAAUUAUGCCAAAAAACUAUUUAUUAGGAUAAGAAUUUAUAUCACUGUAAGAAAUAAUAACGAAGAGUUGAGCAAACAUCGAUAUACUAAGAAAAUGUUUUCUAUUGCGAACUUGUAAACAUUAUAGUUAAAUUGCACCUUUUUUAAGACCUGAGAAGUAUCUUUUCAAAGUUGGUUUGCUUUCCUUGUAAAUAAGCCCGAGGUGGCUCUAGGUACUCUUCCCACAGUGGCAGCGAAUAUAUGGUAUUUAAAACUGAUCUGAAAGUCUUAUUACAAACAUUAGUUACACAUUGGCACAUACAUAGGUACCUACGUGAAGUCGGUUGUGGGACACAAAAGUGUCUUAUAAGUAGUUGUAAGAAUUAUCUUAAAACUUGUUACUGAAUUACAGACUUUAUUAAAAUUAAGUUGAUUGACUGAAACACUAACUUCUUUUAUUAAAGUACCUAUGAUACAUGCAAGACUACAGGUAAACAUAGAAUUUUAACGAAAAUUAAAUAGAGAACAUUGUCAUCUGAAAGAGUGGGUUUAAAAAUAUUAGUCUUACAAUUUUAAUCUCCGUUUCUAGUGUUGAAAAAGAAAAGUGCUUGUAAUUUAUGUCAUUGCAAGAGUGCGUGCUGCAAAGGACGUAGAAGUUAUCAUGAUCCCCUCUAAUCGACCUUCGCUGUUGGAAAUAGCCUGAGCCGCCAAAACUAAUAUCAGGUGCAAUAUUGGCGCAAUUGUGAUUUUUGCUUUCUAAACCAAUUAAACGUUGAGUACAUA